AUGAGACCAUUAUGUUCUAUUUGGGAUUUAUUUAUUAAAAAUGACAAUAAAUCUAUUAAAUGCAAGUUUUGUGCAUUUGAGUACAAGUUUGCAAAUGCAACUAGAAUGAAACAAAAUAUUUGUUUUCUAUGCAAAAAAUGUCCUUCAGACAUUAAAAAUACAUUUUUUGAAAAAUUACCUAAGUCUGCCAAAAGAAGUGAUGAUGAAGACAUAAUCCAUUCUUCUAAUAUUGUGGCUUCCACGUCCAAUGUUGAUGUAUUUAAGCCAGAACACCAAGAAUCGUCUAUGAAAUUCAAGAUACAAAAAAUAACUUCAUUUUUUGAUAAAAUUACUGCUGAUGAACAAAAUGAACUGGAAAAAAAUAUGGCUAAAGCUGUAUACCACUCAGGUAUGGCUUUAUCUGCUUUUGAUACACCAUAUUGGAAAACAUUUUUUCAAAGUAUAAGACCAAAAUUUGUAGUUCCGUCACCAUACAUGCUAAGUAACUCCUUGUUAAAUUUUGAGUAUAAGAGAGUAAUGGAUGAUGUAAACGAUAAGAUUAAUAAAGCGACUUGUUUAGCAUUACUUACUGAUGGGUGGACAAAUAUAACAGGAGACGGUUUAAUAAAUUUUGUUAUAACUACACCUGUACCUGUAUUCUAUAAGAGCAUAAUUCCAGGCCAAGAAAGAGAGACAUCUGAAUAUAUUAAGACACAAAUUGCUAAUGUUCUUGAUGAAGUUGGAUCAGAAAAGUUCUUUCUUAUAUGUACUGACAAUGCAGCAGCGAUGAAAGGAGCAUGGGCAAAAUUAAAGGAAAUCGACAAAUAUAAACAUAUAUAUUCAGUUGGUUGCUUGGCACAUGGGUUGCAUUUGCUAUUUAAAGAUUUAUGUGCUAUUACCACUAUAAUUUCAACAUUAAAAUUACCUAGUAACACAAGAUGGGCUGGUGGCAUCCUUAUGAUUGAAAGUGUGAAAAAAAAUCAGCAAGCUCUUAAAGAAACAAGUGUGGCAGUUGGAUUAGAAAAAGCUAUAGAUAAAGAAGUGAAGCAAUGUAUACUAGAUGAUGAUUUAUUUUGGCCACAAGUAGAUUCUAUUUUAUAUAUCAUCCAGGGACUCCCGCGGUACCUUCAGGUCCCUGAUGGUCAGCGUCACCUGCAUCCGCUUUGCGUUAUCUGA